AUGGAGUUCCUUCCUCAGUCCCUCCAAUCUUCAGCCAUUCUUUUUCUUCUCUUAUCUCUCUCAGCUUUCAUUUUCUUCUUGCUUCGCCUACAUAGAAAACUCCCAUACCCACCGGGCCCAAAAGGGCUACCCAUCAUAGGGAACAUGUUAAUGAUGGACCAACUCACCCACCGUGGCUUGGCUCGGCUCUCUGAACGUUACGGUGGGCUUUGCCACCUACAAAUGGGCACACUCCACAUAGUUGCCGUGUCCACACCGGAAAUGGCCCGUGAAGUUCUACAGGCCCAAGAUGGCGUUUUCUCAAACCGGCCCGCGAACGUUGCGAUCACCUACUUGACCUACGACCGGGCCGACAUGGCCUUUGCGAAUUACGGCCCGUUUUGGCGGCAGAUGCGUAAGAUCUGUGUGAUGAAGCUAUUCAGCCGUAAACGGGCCGAAUCGUGGGCUUCCGUACGAGAGGAGGUCGAAGGAACGGUUCGAACCGUAGCAGGGAAAGCCGGUUCGCCGAUUAACUUGGGUGAGCUGGUUUUCGCUCUAACUAGGAGCAUCACUUUCAAGGCAGCGUUUGGGGCCAGUUUGAACGAAGGGCAAGAGGAAUUCAUGGGAAUCUUGCAAGAGUUUUCGAAGCUCUUCGGAGCUUUCAACAUUGCGGAUUUUAUUCCAUGGUUGGGUUGGUUUCAUGCACAAGAGUUUAAUAAGAGAAUGGUCAAUGCAAGACAAGCACUUGAUGUGUUUAUUGACAAGAUCAUUGACGAUCAUGUGGCAAAGAGGAAGAACAACAUGGAGAAAAAGGGUGAGAACGAAGCAGAUACAGAUAUGGUGGAUGAGCUCAUGGUUUUUCUUAUUGAAGGAGAUGGUGGUGAUAGUACUCAUUCGGACAAUUCACAAUUGGCCCUUAAGCUUACCAGGGACAACAUCAAAGCUCUUAUCAUGGAUGUAAUGUUUGGUGGAACUGAGACUGUAGCAUCGGUGAUAGAAUGGACCAUGGCAGAACUCAUGAAGAGCCCAAUGGAUCUCCAAAAGGUCCAACAAGAGCUCACGGAUAUUGUGGGUUUAGACCGAAGAUUCACCGAAUCUGAUCUCGAAAAAUUGACUUAUCUCAAAUGUGUGGUCAAAGAAACCUUGAGGCUCCACCCUCCGAUUCCCCUCCUUCUCCACGAGACCGCAGAGGACAGUGUCGUCGCAGGUUACUCUAUCCCAACAGGAACACGUGUUUGGAUCAACGCGUGGGCCAUUGGCCGUGACAAGAGCGCGUGGGAUGAACCAGAAACAUUUAAGCCGUCAAGGUUCUUGAAUGAUGGCAUGCCAGAUUUCAAAGGAAGCAACUUCGAGUUCCUUCCUUUUGGGUCAGGGAGAAGAUCAUGCCCAGGGAUGCAACUUGGACUCUAUGCUGUGGAAAUGACUGUGGCUCACUUGCUUCAUUGUUUCGAGUGGGAGUUACCCAAUGGAAUGAAGCCAAGUGAGCUUGAUAUGAAUGAUGUGUUUGGCCUCACUGCUCCAAGAGCAGUUCAACUUGUUGCGGUACCCAGUUAUCGUCUGAAUUGUACCCUUGAUGAGUCUUUUUAGAGGAUUUGGCGUCCAUAAUCCAUGCUUAGCUAUGUAUCAAAUAAAUAAAUAAAAUGCAUUAUUUAAUUUUCGUGGUCUUUUAUUUUGUAUUUCGCAUAUGUAGUCAUAUACAGUUCAAAAGGGACAUUUAAUGUAUCUAUUGCUCCAUUUGAUGUUUUAAAUAUUCAACGGGUAGGUGU